AAAUUAUUAACCACCUCUCCUUCCUCCUCUUGUACAAUAUGAAGUUUAUUCUUCUUGUUAAUGUAUUAAUAUUAUUAAUUCUUGCAAAUUUCACAUAUGGACAAGUGACUUGUGAUCCAAGCAAGAAUUUUAUUGCUGAAUUGACACUUUUAUAUGAUGAUGCUGUUUCCUUUGAAUUAAUCCCUAAACGUUUAGAAUAUCCAUUAAAUACUCAACGAUUCACAGCUCAACGUUUGAAUGAAGGUUUGCAAUUUUUCAAGACAAGAUUCGGCAUUGAUUUUACCAAUUCUUCCAAUUUACCAACAAGUUUCAGAUUAGAAAAGGGUAGUUUUGAAGGAUAUUCAGUUGUUGGUGCUGUUACAUCAAACCGUAGAUUCUUUGGAAGUCCACUUGUUAAGGUUUAUGUUGACAUGUUGACAGUUGUUGCUUUGGAUUCAUCCAAGACUGAUCCAUUCACUAAUUAUCCAAUUCCUAAGGAUGCUAUUGCUCAAUUCGGAUAUUAUUCAUUCUUUUACAAAUCCAAUAAUACUCAAUUCACUGCUCCAAUUAGAGUUAGCUCACAAACUUUCAUUGAUGGUUGGAGAGAUGCUCAACAAAAUUUAGAUUAUGCCAGAACUAUUAUCUUUGAUUUGCAACAUCCACAAUGGGGAGUUGGUAUGGCUCAAGGUGUUGCUACCAUGCCAAUGCACGAUCCAACUUUGGGUGUUUCACAAGUUUCCAUGAGAGAAUGGUUGAGAUUCCCACCAGUUGGAACUACAUCUCCUAACGCUGUUUCUACUUGUCAAUCUUGGUUACAAUAAAUUCACACUCUAAGGU